AUGAGUCACCGCGGCCUUGGCCCAGAGCAGGAGAAGGAACGGGGGGUGCCUGGGAAAGGAACUGCUCUACGACAAACAUCGGCAACGAAAACUCUCACUGACAAGCCAUAUAAUGGGAACGAUUUGAAAACAGACAUUAGUGCCAAGAUGGAUCUUCUUAAGCAAGUACGCGUUCUAGUUCUAAUUCUACCUAUAGUCGUAGGCCAAGUGCGAAAACCGGAAAGUUACGUGGUCGGUGAAGAAAUAUGUAAACGAUUGACUAAGGAACCUUAUUUUGAACCUGAUAUGGUGACUGGUAAACCAUGGAGGAUUUAUUACACAUGGAACAUCAAUUUGGAAGACAAAUGCAUGGAUAUGGUAUUUAAGAAUGCGACGACACCGAUUAUCAACAGAGUUUGGAAUGACAUGAAUGAAUACGUGGAAACUCAACCUUAUUGGGACGCUGCCACAUUGUUGGUAACAAUGGGUCGAGCAAAACAUGAAAUGCUGUUGUUUGCAGACCAAGGCGCGGCUGGAAGGUUCACUGGAGUACCCAACGUCGUUAGAGAUGGGAAUAUAUUACCAGCCAGGAAUGCAGUGCCUCUUCUGAAGUUCCACUUGAAACUGCUGCACGGAGGCAAGUACCUGUUGAUGACGGACUGUCAAAUAGGAGUGACCUCGAUGUCAGCUCGUACUAGAGCGAUGCCUUAUCGUGCAGAGAUCGGAGGCGUGCUAGUUGAUCGAUUUCGCGUGGAGUUGGACGGCGAAAUAAAACCUCCCGUCAACUGGAAUGAUUCUAUACUCUUCAUGGAGACUUCCAUCGACUUCAGUGCUCUGCUUGUGAAGACGAAUGUAUCAGGGAUCGUCAGGCUCAUCCCUUCUCUUGCUUUUGAGUAUCCUAGAGUCCCAGAACUGAUUUUUGCUCUAAAAGUAGUGGAGCCAGGUUACCUGGGGUUCCUCAACUGCAAAUAUAGACUUUGCUAUGCACUUGCACCGGUUGACAAAAUGCCCAAUCAUGAUUAUUUGACCGAAGAAGCCCAAAAGCUUGGAUUCUGGAGUGAUUUUGGGAGAACGCAUACGGCGAUGGUUCCUCCCUUCCCCACCUUGCCUCCGGAGCCCUAUAACAAGGAUGAUGAUGAUGAAGACGAGGAUAUGGAGAUGUUGCACGACUACGUACUACUUUAA